AGCAACGUCAACGAAAACUUCAGAGUCAAGGAAUUGAAUGUAUCGAUGGGCAGCAUUGCCUCGGAGUGAGGACUAGCAAUGGAGGUCCAAGCCCCAUCCUCCGCAUUUUUUCUUUCUCUGAUACGACGGAAGAUAUUUUAGCACAAGAUCGGUCGCGAACCCAUAUUGACUAUUCUGAAUCACGAUUCCUCAGCCCUGGCACUGAUUUUUCUAUCAGCACAGUGAAAUCUAUUAACCGGAACUGCUUCCAACGGGCCUUAUUUUACCUCUCGCUCUCCCACAUCGAAACGACACGCAAAAACUGAACGAUAGCAACUCAGUAUCGUUCUGUUCUCCGACCUCACUCAUGGCUUCUCUAGAUGGGGAACGACUACAAAGGGUUGAAGAAGCAGAGGGAUCAAAGAAGAAGGAGCUCAAUGGAUUAAAGGAGAGGAAGAAGAGUAAAAAGAAUUCAUACAUGCCGAAGCUUAGCUGUCUCAGAAUCGAACACGAUGCGACGGGGAAAAGUUUUGAUUUGGAGGUUGUUGAUGCUUCUGGACAGCGCCCCCAUCCCACUCACUUGAUUAUAAUGGUCAAUGGUCUUAUAGGCAGUGAUCGGGAUUGGAAAUUUGCUGCAAAGCAGUUUCUCAUGAGGCAUCCAUAUGAUAUUAUUGUACACUGCAGUGAAUGUAAUUCUUCUAUGCUGACAUUUGAUGGUAUUGAUGUGAUGGGAGAGAGACUAGCUGGGGAGGUCAUAUCAGUUAUAAAGCGUCACCCAGGUGUUCAGAAAAUUUCAUUUAUUGGUCAUUCUUUAGGUGGCCUGGUUGCAAGGUAUGCAAUAGCCAAGCUUUAUGAGAGGGACAUUUCAAAGGAAAUUGCUCGGGAGAAUGGACACUCUGGAAGUCACAAUUCGGAUCCAGCACGCCAUAAAAGGAAAUCUGAAGGAAAAAUUGCAGGACUAGAGCCCUUAAAUUUCAUAACCUCUGCAACGCCACACCUUGGAUCUAGAGGUCAUAAACAGGUUCCGGUUUUAUGUGGAUUUCACUCUCUGGAGAAAGCAGCAACUCGUUUUUCAUGGUUUCUUGGCAAGACAGGGAGACAUCUUUUUUUGGCUGAUAAAGACAAGGGGAAGCCUCCACUUCUUGUUCAGAUGGUUUAUGACAAUGAAGAUAUGAAAUUUUUAUCUGCUUUGCAGUCCUUCAAACGGCGUGUUGCCUAUGCAAAUGUUCGUCAUGAUCAACUUGUGGGAUGGAGUACAUCGUCUCUAAGGCGUAGGAAAGAACUCCCCAAGCCCAUAAAUCUUCCACGGCACGAGAAGUAUCCACAUAUUGUAAAUGUGGAGGCAGCAAAUCCCACUAAUUUUCCUGAGGAAGUUCUUGCUGAAACCAACGUUAAUGGGCCCGAUAAAAUUGACCUGGAAGAGGAGAUGAUAAGAGGCUUGACAAAAAUGAGCUGGGAUCGCAUUGAUGUGAGUUUCAGUGGCAGCAGACAGAAAUAUCUAGCGCAUAAUACUAUUCAGGUCAAAUUCCACUGUAUCAACUCUGCCGGAGCAGACGUUAUCCAGCAUAUGAUUGACAAUUUUGAAUUAUAGUUCCCCUGCUAUUUUAUUCUGUUUGAGCCCUUUCUUAUACAAGGGAGCUUCGGAAGAGGAAUUGUGCAGACACAAUAACAGUGUUAAUGAUAUAGAAGAAAGAAUGUGUGGCAUUUAAUUUUA